UUAUAAACUAUGGAAACAACACAAAAAUAAUUUAGCCCCCUUAAUCAUGGACUUGCCCACAAGUCGAUCUCGAAAACUGGAAAGGACUUUGGGAAAGUCUAACUUAAUUAUUGUCUAACAGUUUAUAUCUUUCAAAAUUUUAUAUGUCUGACCUUUUCGACAUUGUGCUGGUUUUGAAUAUCUUAUCAGCUGUUCUUAAUUCUUAGAACGUACAUGUUGUUUUCCAAGAAUAAAGGUCAAAGUAUACAUGGAUGUGUGGUAUCAAUUAAAUGUUUUGAGGCCGCGUGCAUGAGUGCAUUCAAGCUUGUCCAACAGCUGCCUUUCGAAAAGAAUCUUUGUUUGGUAUCUCAUUCCGUUUUUAGCUUGUUUAUACCACAUGCAAUCGAUCGUUUGUGUCUUUGAUCUUUGUUUAAAUAUUCCUUAAUGCGUUCUUGUGCCACUGGUGAACGCACGUUUAUGAUGUAGCAAGGUUGAGAGAAGAUUUUGAAGUACUGUGGUUUACAAGUGUUUACAGUUCUUAUAUUAAAACAGUGAUGUUGUCAAAAAGUCGAUUGAGCAAGACCGUUUCCUUGAUAUGUUUACUACAGUAUGUGCUGAGUUGUGUGGGACAAAGCGAAGUCGUCUUAAACGUCACCAGACAGAACGACGGGGAUUUUUAUACACGUAGUAUUAUUCCGAAUACAGACAACUCGAGUUGCGAUAGUAGGUUCACUAUGACCGUUCAGUCGUUCUCGAAGGAAAAUUGUACAGUGCGAUGCAAAUGCAAUACGAAGCACAAAACAUACAAUAUGAGACAAGGAAGAUGCGCUGCCGAUAAAGACAUCUUAAAAGCUGAGAAUUGUAAUGGAUCGUUUCUACCAAGUUUUGGAGAACCGCUGUACGACUUAUCCAAACCAGGAAAGGCGCAGCUAAGAGUUUCGUUCCUCAAUAACCAAUCGCUGUAUUGUAACAUUUCAAAAAUAGCAUACUUUAAUGGGACAAACGAAAUUGACUUUAGGGAUAGCGGUUUUAACAUUUCUGGUGUCUUAAAUGGCUCUGCUUUGCUUACAUGGAACCCUCAAAAUUCGCCAAUUUUAUCCAAGCUUGAACAAUUUGGCUACCUCUUGAAAGUUCGUGUAUUAUGCAAUAUGACGUCACAACAACAACGCAGCUGCUUCAUGAUAAAAAGUCGGGGAAGAAUUGUUAAAUAUACCGACCUAACGCUAAAAGAACAUCGUAAACCUCACGGCGGUAUUUGUGUGCCUAAACGAUCAACAAAGUCUGCAAAUGUGAUGCUUUUGUACAUCCUAGUUGGUGUUGGAUGUGGUUUAGUUCUUAUUGUUAUUGUAGUCGCGUGUUUUGCUUGCUAUAAACGUCGGUUGCCGGCAAGACAUGCCAUUCCACGUAUUUCGUCGCGAAACAAUUCUGCUGGGACACGGAAGGUGUUCAAAACACGGAGUGUUACAAAGAACAAUGAGCCUACAACGCCUGCAAUUCACGAUUUGGUUUUCAACGAACUUUCCUGGGACGGCGAUGGGGGCUUCUCAAAUCGUGCUCUAGCCGACCCGAGAGCUCUAGACGUUGAUUAUGGAAUUCCUAUUGAUUUUGGUACGCUACCCCGGCUUCAGUCGACAACGUCUGUGGACAGCAAUAAAAACUCAAUUUCUCCCCUGACUGCAUGAUAUAGGGGAACCCGGGAACGUCGAACAUGAUAUAUAUAGUUAUCAAGAGAUGAUAUUAUAUAGUUUAUUCAUGAAAGCAAAGAUACAUUUGAGAAAUAUUUUUCUGCGUUCGUAUGCAUACGCGGUGAUCAACCUAUUAAGAGAGACAAUAAAAAUAUAUUUAAUUACGAUAAAUAUAUGUGGUUGAAUUCAACCAGAAUUUUGUAAAAUCUCGUGUUUUAUACGAGAAGAAACUAUCAGGACAAUAAAAUAUCGUCGUUAAAUAUGUACAUACGACAGGAACAAAACAUUUUAAUUAUAACGGACACGUGUUGAGCCAUCUUUGUAUUUAUAUUUUCGAGAGUAACUGAAUUGAAAUCAUAGCCAUAGGUGGCCUGCAUUAUGCGGCAUUAAGUUAACAAAAGAAGGUUUGCUUCGUAUUUUUAUUCCAAGAAUAUAGGUUACUUCCCCAAGUGAAAAGACCAAAGAGUAAAGUUAUAUCAUUUCUAUUUCAGUCUGUUGUGAAAAGAUGACAAGGUCAUUAAAGGUGGCUGAUAUUGUGUGGGAAAGCAAACGCAAGUUUUUUAUUGCAUUUGAAUACGUGUAUUGAUUACAUGUUCACGAAAUGUUGAAAGAUUGCGCAAAUAUAUAUUCUUGAACUGUCAGUGCCAGUGUGGGUAGUACCAAUAAUAAGAACGCUUCGGAUUGGUAGGGAUGCAAUUACCUGAAAAAUAUCAAAGUGACUUUUCUUGUAUUUUUCAGGUAGUCGUGUCUCUAUCAUUAUCAAUCCGAAACUUUCAAAUAUAAAGUGUUGGUGGGAUUGGUCGGCUUCCCUCAAAACCUUCGCUACCAUUACGGUUUCACUCUGUCCCCUGCGUCUUUCACAGGAAGAGCGAAACCAUACUACUGAACAGAAUAGAUAUAUACUACUAUCCGUUUCAGGGAGGAAUCUGAUUGGCCGUUGACAUGGAAUGCACAGCUCGAUCUUAGCCAGGAUUCCUGGCUUCCGGCAACGGAUUAUACGACAGAGCCUCACGUUCCUUCCCGAGGAUCGCAGGCUCGGGGAACGAGAUUGGUCGACAAGAGGUUUAGAGUGGACUGUAUUCCUGCGAACAGGCUCUUUGGUUAGGUUAAAGCCCGCGCAUCUACGAAAGUUUCCGAACUGUUUACGAUAAAUGUUUUUAUCGGUUAGCAC